AUGAAACAAGUCAAGGAAGUUAUGUUUAGUAUUAAUGAGAACAAGAGUCCGGGUCCUGAUGAGUAUGGGAGUGGAUUCUACAAAGCUGCUUGGUCUAUCAUUGGACAGGACAUACGUGAUGCUAUACUAGAAUUCAUGAGCUCAGGAAAAUUGUUGAGGCAGUUGAAUGCUACCCUGAUUUCAUUAAUUCCUAAGGUGGAUCAUCCCAUCAGUGCUAGCAAAUUCAGACCUAUUUCCUGUUGUAAUGUCCUUUAUAAAUGUAUUUCCAAGCUAUUAUACACUAGGUUGGCUGAGGUUUUGCUAGCAUUGGUAAGUGAUACACAAGCUGCAUUUGUAAAGGACAGGUCCAUAGUACAUAGUGUACUAAUGUGUCAUGACUUGCUCAGACUCUACAACAGGAAGAUGACAUCACCUAGAUGUCUUAUGAAGAUAGACUUGAAAAAGGCAUAUGACAUCGUAAAUUGGGAUUUUGUUCAUGAAAUGCUUGUUAAGUAUGGGUUCACACCUAAAUUUGUCCAACUGAUUAUGGUUUGCGUGACAACAACUAGUUUUUCAGUCAAGGGUGCUGAAACAAAUGUGCAAGCUACUUGA